AUGCUGUCUAAGGGGUAUCCGGCGACGAAAGUCGAUGAGAUCUGCAAAUCCGCAGGCGUGACCAAGGGGAGCUUCUACCAUCACUUUGAAUCCAAGGAUAAUCUCGCGAUCGCUUUAAUUGACCACUACUUUGACCGGCUCACCAAAGCACUCGCUGACGAGGGCUGGCUAGCACACGACGACCCUCAGGAUCGGGUGCUCGCAUUUCUAGACGAUGUCAUCGCGGUGCUCAAGGGGCCGCUGUUGAAAGAUGGAUGCCUUCUCGGCAGCUUUGCGUUGGAUCUCAGUCAGACGCACCCAGAAAUACGAAUGAUCAUCGAGAACAGAUUGGUCCGAUUGACAAGCACGCUCGAACCCCACUUCAAAGCUGCGCUCAAGGAACAUCCAAAGAUCCCCGGAAUCAACGCGGCGGUGCUUUCAAGACAGUUCAUGGCUGUACUACAGGGAGGGGUGGUGCUCUCGAAAGCCACUGACGAUACCAAGAAAAUGGCUGAAUCGAUGCUGUGCUUUAAACAGCUUGUAUCCAACACACUGAACUCGGAGAACACGAUGAACCCCACUAUCACACUCUCGGCGAUCUUCAUGUCGUCGGCUGGAAUCGGAGCGAUGACACUUGGUGUCCACUCUGGCAGCGAACUGACUGGAAUAACAGAAGUGACUGAAAUCAACAUGGUUGAGCAACAACUCGAUUCUCAUGAGCACACCGCUUUGCUCAUCACCGAUCCUCAGAACGACUUUCUACGCGAGGACGGUGUUGCGUACGGAUUUGUGAAAGAAGAUCUUGAACGCAACAACACUAUCGAAAAUAUCGAAGCACUUCUCAAAGCCGCGAAGAUCGAGGGGGUCCCGGUCUUCGUAAGCCCGCACAUGUACCACGAACACGAUGGCGAAUGGGAGCACCGCGGUGCUAUCCAACAGACUCUCGAAGACGGAGAAAUGUACAAAAUUGAUGAUCCGUACUACAGAGCGGGGCUUCACAAUUCAGGCGCGGACAUAUAUGAGCCUUACAAAAAAUACAUCUUUGACGGCAAGACCGUGAUCACGAAUCCGCACAAGGUCUUUGGACCGGAAAGCAAUGAUUUAGUACUUCAACUCAGGAAGCGCGGCGUAAACAAAGUCCUCAUCGGCGGCUUGGCUGGGAACCUCUGUACAGAAGGACAUCUAAGAGAACUGAUUGAGCAAGGCUUUGAAGUAGUGAUGAUCCAUGACGCGGUCGCAUCACCUGGCCUUGAUGCUCAUGAAGCCGCGAUGGUCAACUACAGCAUGAUCGCAAACCAAGUCGUCACGACACAGGAAGCGAUCGAUACACUCAUUCGUUAA